AGUUAACAAACAAAUGGCGCUCAGACACACAUACCGGCCGAAGAGUAUGCUUCGCGUACCAGUCCCAAAGUAGCUAGUAGCUGCGAGCAAUUUCGCGUGUGCUCAGAAUAAACAAACAGCCAGCGUGAGCAAUUGCAUCGGAAGUUCGAAUAUUCAAAGUAUGCGCUGUGAACACCAAUGGAUGCGUAUGUUUCGUGUGUGCAUGUUUGUGUUUUCGGAUAUUUUUGUUGCUCCCUUUUGGGUAUGCUUGUGCUCAUGAACGUUGGCUACGAAUCUAGCUACACUCUCGACUCUUCUCACUUUGCUAAGCCACUCUCGUGCGCACCACCACCACCACCACCGCCAGCGACGAACUCAAUUUUCGUUAUUCUCCAGCACAUUAUGGCGCUGGUAUCAACUGUUAGGUUGUGACGUUUUCUUAUUGGUGUUGGUGCUGCUCAUUCGUCUCCGACAAUUCGCAGACCAUCUCGCUCUCGUCGCACUUUUGCCGCAUUUAGUCUUGUUUAUGCCGGCUAACAUGCAACAUAAGCGUCGUCGUUGUCGUGUUUCAAAUCGCGCGCAGCAAAUAUUGUUAUCGUCGCCGUUUUCAAACGCUGUAAGUGCAAAACGUUGCCAAUCGUUGUCGUCGCAGCAGCAGCAACAGCAAAAGUAAUUGUCGUCGUCGCCGUCAUCGUCAUCAUUGUCGUCGUCCGCGUUGUCGUUGUCGUCGUAUCGUCAGCAGCGUCAAACUCUGUCGCCUUUGUCUGCCGAGUCGAGUAGAGUUGUGUGGCAACGUCCAAAUGUACAACAAGCAAACGCCGCUUAAAAAGUGCAAUAACCACUAGUUACUAACCUAAAAAGCUGAGUGUAAAAGCAAGUGUGGAAAUUAGUGAAAUAGCAAGAAGUGGAAGAAAAAAAUCAAAUCAGCGGCAAAUUGCUGUCGGCGCAUUUAAGCCAGCAGUCCGUACGCCGUGAAGUGGUAGCGGUAGUCGCCAACAACAACAACAGCAAAAGCAGCAAACAGCGCGUGAUGCAUGCACACGCGUUUCGGCCAAGUCAAGAGCAACGAGAUACAGUCAGACGUUUCGGCAUCUAGUUUCCGCAUGCAGCAAAAGCCGGCUAGACAAAGAAUUGAAGGUUAGCGAAAAUUGAGAUAAGAAAGUGAUUAAAAGCAGUCAGCGUAUAUUAAAAAUAAAAAUAAAAUAAAAGAGUGCCAUAAGAUAACUGAAGUGCGGAGCAUAGAGUGCCGUGGCAGUUCAUAUGUCAUAAAUAGAAGCCGGUAAGCGGGAGUGUAGUGUCCAGCGCGGCCGGUUAAUAACCAGUUUGGAUGUAAAGUCAUAAAAAUAUUCUUCACAAUUACGAGCCGGUAAUAAUAAAGUACGUAAUUCGGCUUAACAUGCGUCACGUGUGUGUUUGUGUGUCAUGAAGUGCUUAUGUUUGCGAGAAAAUUCUUUAAUAUUGGCUAAAGUGGCAAAAGAAAAUAAACCAUAAUAAUCGAGUUAAUAUCAACAGCACUGUAGCCAGCAAACACGUCAAUAGACUGAUAUCGCUGUAUGCAAAAAAAAAAACAGCAACAAUAACAACAACAACCAAAAAGCAAACAAAGUAUACGCGCAUAAGCAGCUGCUGGACGGUAGAAAGAAAAAGUAAAUAGCGUAUAAGAAAGUAACAAGGUACACAAAAACAAUAGCAACACCACUUAGCAGUGUUUGUGUAUGUGUGUGUGUUUGCGCAAGCAGGUGAUAUGAGGUGAUAAGCGCCGGUAGCAGUGGCGACAAGUGCAAGUAACAACCAGCAAGUGCGCUAGAAAAAAACAUUGAAUAAAAUGUAUGACAAAAACAAAUAAAAAUAAUUAAAAAAAAGUGUGCAAAUCAAACACAGGCGUCACUAGUUGCUCAACAGACACACACAACGCAAGUGAAAUGCACCUAAGUAUGCAAGUGUGUAUCAUUUAGAAAAUAACAAUAUAAUAAUAACAAUUUAAAAUAAAAUUAAAAAUUGCUACUUGGCAACACGUUCGUUUAAAGCCAUAUUAUCGCUGUUUGCCAAGCGUAAAACAAUUUCAGAAAUUAAAAAAAGUAUACAAUUUAUGUUAAUCUGUAAAAAAAUUAUUUAAUGCACAGCUAGUGCUUUUUAAAAAAUAACCAUAUCUCGCAAGUGAAAAAUUAUCAACAAUUACAGUCGAAUUUGUGCAGCGUGUGUCAACAAUAAAUUUGAAUUCAAUUCCAUUCCACUGUCUAGACGCCUACAUACAGCAUUUCGUUUCAUUUUCGAAUUGUUAAUGCAAAUGCUCAUUUAUGUAUGCAGGCGAGUGUGCUUUUGUGCGGCGCAAAUGUUUGAUUGGUGCUUUAUUAAUUUCAGCUGAAAUUUUAAUUAAAAACAAAAUAUAAGCCAAAUAUAAAAUAAAAGUUCUGAGCAAAACCAGCAACAGCAAUAAUAAACGUCGACAUUGAAAUGAGCAUAAAUAAAGAUUAACACAGAAAUACCAUUAAAAAAGUGAAAUAAAAAUCAUGCAAGUGACCACUAUACAAUAAAGGAGAAAUUACAUAUGCGUCAACUUUAGUAGAAUUAUUUGGAAUUUUGUGGUUGAUAAUUAUCGGUUGCAUUUUUUCAACUGCAACUCAACAACAACAACGUACUGUCUUCAAAACAGCUGAGGGGGCAUAACCGUUGUCAACAAAAAUACAGUGAAAUCGUUCGAAGAGCGAAAAAUUAAGUGUUAACUCAAAAAAAUAGUAAUAAUUAUAAAAAUAAAUAAAUAAUUUAGUAUUUAAAUUAGCUUCUGUGUAAAAGUUGUGUGAAAAAAAAUAGAAAUAGUAUACAAAAACUCAACGUGAAAGCAAUUGGAAAAUAAAUUUGAAAAAAUCAGUUUUGUAAAUCUCAAAAUUAUUUUUUACAAAAGUUUAAAAAAUCUCAAUGAAAACGGAGUCGUUGGAUUUUCAUAGUAUGGAUCUCAAUAUGGAUAUACUACCGAGCGGGAAUAUAUUCAGCGAAUUGGAGCACGUCUGCACCACUGGCUAUUUUUCAUCACAACCCUCGAUUGAGGAUCAAUGGCAACAGACUUGGUACGAAUUGGAACGGUAUCUGCGCGACGAACCGAAGCUUCAGUCAUACAAGAAGAUUCAUGAAAUCGACACAGCAUGGGAUCUGCUCUCAGCGCCGGCGCGCAUUUUCGAAGAACUCAAGAUCAAAGAACAAAACCUCGAUUCAGUUUCCACAACGUCUUCAGUGUCAUCGACAUGUUCGGGCAUGUCAUGGGAUAGUAGUGGCUCGCAGGCCUUAAGCUGCUCGGUGGUUGUCAAAAAGGAGCGCAUCGACGACGAUGAGGAUGAGCUGCAUUCAGACAGCUGCGAGGAGAAAUUCACCGUCUCUUCCCUGGCCACAUCAUUGGGCAAUGCCGCCGCCACUUCUCUGGCGUACUCGCCAUGCGGCUCGGCCUCGAGCACGCCCACGCCGAUCGUUGGCACCAUCAAUGCGGCCCAAAUCGGCACCACCUUGUCAUCGGUGUCGGAGAAGGGCAUCAAGUUGCGUGUGAUCGCCACGAAGACACACAAUAAGGGCGCCAGCAGUCGCGCCAAUAGCAUCAAUGUAAGCAUCAGCAGUGGCCAUAAUAGCAGCAAUCAAAACAGCAACGCCGGUGGCAGCAGUAGCAGUAGUAGUACAAGCCCGCAGGAUUAUAUAUUGCCGACCUUAACGCCGCCAUCGUCACCCGAAUCGAUACGAACCAGCAUCACAAAUAAUAACACGCAACAACAACAGCAACAGCAGAGGCAACAGCAACAAAUCGAUGCAAGUACUAUGAGCGCUACCGAAUUGGCUACACUUAUACAACAGCAACAGCAGCAGCAACAACAACAGCGUAUCGGUCAGUCGCAAUACUCCGCUGCAACGCCAACAUCUACCGCCAUACUACGCUUCUCCAGUGCCGUUACGACACUGGUCAACAGCAGUAAGAAUCCUACACUGACGUCGACUACAGUUCCUCUACUACAACAGCAACAGCAAAACCUGCAACAGCAACAACAAAAGUCGCACUUAAGCGUACAAACUACCAGUGCCGGCACAAAUACCGAACCGCAUCCAACGUCAGCAGCCCAAUCACAGCCAUCAGCAUUGUCUUCAUCGUCAUCGACGGUGCACUCCAACAUUCCGCGCAGCACCAUCGUUCGUCUGACAUCGGCGAAUGGCACAAAGAGUGGAGCCAUUAGUUUGGCGCGUGUCAUACAAAUGCAGAAUAGCGGCAGCGGAAGUGUGGCAGCAGCGAUGCUGAAUGCCUCAGCAACAUCCAAGCAGCAGCAGCAACAAAUGCAACAACAUGUGAUGAAUAUGGCGGUUACAGCGGCGCAGAUCGCACAGCGCGGCACACAGAUGCAAAAUCCGCAAGUAACCACAUUGACCACCAAGACCCACCAGCGACUACAUGAUCAUAGCCCAGAUGCUAAGCGUCGGAUACACAAGUGCCAAUUUUUAGGUUGCAAAAAAGUCUAUACCAAAAGCUCACAUCUAAAAGCACAUCAAAGAACGCAUACCGGCGAAAAACCGUACAAAUGCUCCUGGGAGGGAUGUGAAUGGCGCUUCGCACGCAGCGACGAGUUGACACGUCACUAUCGCAAACACACGGGCGCCAAACCCUUCAAAUGCCGUAACUGCGAUCGUUGCUUCUCGAGAUCGGACCACUUGGCGUUGCAUAUGAAGCGUCACAUGUAAAUAAAAUUUGCAACAACAAUGCAAGUGCAGCAACAACUGCGUGGACUUGAAGUGUGAAAGUGAAUAAACCGAAAAUGUAUCGUCAAAAAACAAAAACAAAAAAAACAGCAAAAGUGCAAAUGUAUUGAGACUAGCUGAGAACCAGUACAUAUUUAGCAGAGUAACUAGUUUAGAAUAUAAAUGAAAAAUAAAAAACAUAAACAAAGCAUAAACACUACAAUUAGACGUUGACAAGUUUAAGGAUUAAGCAGGAAAACACAAAUUGAAAGCGGAAAUCCUUAUACAUUUAUGAUAAAAGUAAAGUAAUGAUACUGUGCCAUCAACACGCAAAACAUGCAAAAUUAAAAAAGCUUAGAAAUUUAAAAUUAGUUUUUAAAGACAACGCACACACACACACAGAGCACACACUUAGAACCUCAACUAACUAAAUUGCAUUUGACUAAACUCGACGCGCGAGACACACAAAUAUUGUAAUUAAAUUGAUUAAGUAAAUUAUGAAGCAUAUUCAUUUUUGUAUCUCACUAUUAAGUUUAGGCUAAUUCUUGAACAAAUAGUAUUUCGCAUUUUGCUUGCGUGUUUAACAAACAGAAAAAUCAAUAUUUAAAUGAAUGAGUAACUUUAUGUUGACAUUACAACAUAGAAAUGUUCAGGUUAACGCCUGCGAUGCUGCUUUAACUCACGCAUACAAUUAAAUUUAUUAACAACACAAACAAACAAAUAAGUAAAAAAUAACACAAUUCUUUAAGAGCUUAAACAUAAUUUCCGCCUUUUAGUCGUAAUUGUAUUUCGUUUUUAUAUUAUAUGAUAAUAAUAAUUUUAUUUCAAAAAAACAUAAUUAAGUGCUUAAAAGCUCAAACGCGUAGAGCUUGCUGAAAGCUUUCACCAAUUGAGCAGAACAGAACAAAUGAUGAAUUUUACCAAAGUAAAGCAAUUUUUUAUUAGUACUAUUAUUGUAAUUAUUAUUAUUAUUAAACAUAAUUAUUGUAACUAAAAUUUAUUCUUACUUAGAUUUAUUGUCUCUGUUGCGCUUGGUUUAUAAGUUGAAAGCGCGAAGCAGUACAUAUUUAACUAUUAACUCGGUAUUAUAAAUUAGUGUAUUUAAAUUAAAUAAAAUGUACUUUCUUAUAGGUCUUUCGCCGGGUAUUAUUACAAAAAAAAAAGCAAAAUGUAUAUAGAAGCGUAUCAUAGCGAGUGCAGGGCAAGGUCUGCACUAGUAUUGUUCACUGUUUAUAUUUAGGAAAAUGUAAGAAUGCUUUGCACGCUGCUUUAGUUAAUAAGUGGGAGGGACAUAAGGAAACUGGCAAAAGAAAUUACAACUAUCGGCAUUCGUUUGUGUGGCGGCGAAAAGACUUGAAAGUGUGGGCGAAUGCCAAGCUUUCACUUUUUUAACAAUUUAUAUGCUUUAAGCUACAAAGCGAUAAAGCUUUAAAGAUAUUUCCCUAUUAGCAAAAGUGUGUAAAUACUUAAUUUCUCACGCAGUAUUUAAUUCAAUAUUUUUCCAUAUUUCAAAGUAUGUAGAAAUAAAAAAGCUGCGCAGAAUAGCUUUAAAGCUUUUCAAAAUCAUUCAUUUAAAUUUUGCGCUAUUUUAAUAAUAAAACCGCAAAACUUUCAUAAAGUAAAGUAUAAAGAGAAGCAUUUUUGUAAACAUAACAAUCGAAACAAUCUCCCACUUAAAAGCUCGCACACGCUUUCAAAGCUUUUCGCCGCCACCUUCGAAUACGAUGUAUUAUCCCAAAGCGUAAGCUUAAGAUAUUUUGUAUAAUUUUUUGUGUGAGUAGCAAAAUCACUGCCAAAAAUUAUAAGAACCUAUUUAACUGCAUUAAAGUAAUUAUAUAAGCUUAGUAUCGAUGUUUGAUGUUUGAAUGAUAAAAAAGUAAAACUAAAAAAAAUAUGCAUUAAAAAGUUCAAAUUGUCAUAGGCUGAGAUGCGAUAGAUAUAUAAAAGAAUAUUAUAAAAACAAAAACACAAAAAAAACAGAUUUGUAUAUUUAACUUUUAAGUUUAUAGAUAUUUUCUUUCGUCUACUUAUUUUAAUGUUCUUGUAACUACAACAACAAAAGUGCAAAUAUUGUUUAAAACAAAGAAAGAAAAUGUAAUAAUUGAAUAAUGGAAGAAUUCACGAAAACGUGAAAGCUCUGUUUCAUAUACGUAACUGUUUAUUUUAGUUAGAUUAAAUUCGAUUAAAGAGAAA